AUGCAUGCUUCCCUUGUCGCUCGCCGAGCGGCUUCUGCAAAGACAUGGACGCUCGCAAAUGGAGCCAAGAUCCCCCAGAUCGGGUUUGGCGUUUACAAUCUCAACAAGGAGCAAGCCAAUGCAUCUGUGGCACAUGCGCUCAAGACAGGCUACAGGCACCUUGACGCGGCGUGGGUGUACAAGAACGAGGAUGCUGUUGGCGAUGCCAUCCGCAAGAGCGGUGUUCCCCGCGAUGAGCUGUGGCUCACUUCAAAGCUGUGGAACUCCUUCCAUGGCGACAAUGUCGAGGUGGGCCUAGACACCUCGCUCAAGGACCUCGGCGUGGACUAUCUGGAUCUGUAUCUGGUGCACUGGCCCGUCGCGUUUUCCAACCCCAACGCUUCUCAGAUCAAUUCUUUAAAAGGCCAAGCUGGUCAUCCUGUAGAAGAGGCCAAGCUCUCGGAGAACAUUGCAGCUACUUGGACCAAGCUCGAGGAGCAAGUGAAGAAAGGCAAGAUCCGGAAUAUUGGCAUCUCGAAUUUCAACAUCAGGCGCACUGAAGAAAUGUUGGCCGCUGACCCAGAGAUCAAGCCCGUCGUCAACCAAGUCGAAGUCAAUUGGGGUGUUGCCAAUGACGAGCUGCUGCAUUACUCGGAAGCCAACCAGAUCUUCCUGCAAGCGCACACUCCAUUGGGCGGCAACUACAACGUGGAACGCUACUUGCAAAAUGAGGUCGUGCAGGACAUUGCUCAACGCAACAACAUGACACCCGCGCAGGUAUACAUUUCCUGGUGCUUGGCGCGAGGCAUCAUCCCUAUCGUCAAAUCCUCUAACCCCCAGCGUAUUGAAGAGAACUUUGCCGCACUCGACAAGAAGCUAGCUUGGGAUGAUGUCAAGCAUCUGACUCGCGAAAGCCAGAGAAAUGGUCUCGAGCGCUCUGUCGAACCGUCGGCCUACUGGGGCAUAGGUGACGUUUUUGAAGAUGGAGCCGAUCAAGAACGCCUCAUGUCACUCAAGGACACCACUUUCCAGGUGCCCACACCGCACGAGUCCAAGAGUCAAGGCGAACAUUUCUUGGAGCCUCGCAACGACCCCAACGCACCUGAGAUUGGACCUGGCGGCACUCAAGUGCGAAGCCUCCACUCGCUCGCAUCCAGCUCGAGCACCUCCCGCACAGCCCAUCCAACCGCAGUGCAGGUGGCCCUUGGCGGUGGAAAACGCGCAUUCAGCGCUUCCGCUAGACCCCGAGCUCUCGCUAUGGGAAGCGUUGCUGAAGCCGCACCUCCCUCGGCUGCCGAGACGCCAGAGGUGAACAACAGCUCUCUCUUGGCCAGUACCUCGAAAGCGGCUCUGCGCACUCCUGGAAUCAAGUGGACUGAUGGAGAGGAUGGCGUCGCGCGUGAGACACGCAAGAUCAACCUCUACACGGUGCGUCGAGCUUCCGCGAUCGCUUCUUCGAACCUGGCCGUGGCACAUGCUUCGUCUUCAGUUUCGCAACGUGCGUUCACGUCGUCUGCGAGGGGCGAGGCUUUCAUUGCUCCCACUGCGGGCGCGGCUGGUCAACCCUUGUCGCCGAUCGAGUGGUCCAAGAGGGAAAGCAGGGUGUAUCCGGAGAGGAAGCGAUUCCUGUUCGACCAGUACAAGUCUUUCCUCGAUACGGCUCCCCUCGUCGUCUUGUUGGCGCACCGCAACAUCGACGUGCCCACUUUCAAUCAGAUUAGAAAGGAGAUCAAGGCAGCAGGCGUGCCUGCAGCGGUGCCGGGCCUCGAGGCCAGCGGAAGCUCCGAAGGCGCCAAGUUGACAGUGUCUCGAACUGCGCUUUUGCGUCCCCUGGUCCGAGCCCACUCUUCCAAUGCUAUCCAGGGUCUGGAAGAGCAUCUCAAGGGACCUACAGCCAUGCUGACGGUGCCUCGUUUGGACCCAAAUCACCUUUCACGCGUGCUCAGAGUGCUUGAGAAGCACUCGGGUAGCAAGGUGAUUGCGCAGGAGCGAGCUCGAUUGGGAGGAAAAUUGAAGCCUGGUGAAGCGGAGGCUAUCCAACGAACGAUCGAGAAAACACCUGUUCUCGUUCCUCUCAUUGCGGUAGCCGAAGGCAAGACCCUGCUCGAUAUUCCUGCUCUUGGUGCCGUUGGCAAGUUGCCAGACCUCGCAACCCUCCGCGCUCAGAUUGUCGGUCUCCUCUCUGCACCUGCUAGCAGACUUGCCCGAGUUCUGUCUCAGGCAAGCGGCGCCGAUCUUGCCCUCACUCUCGAGGCUAGGAAACGCGACUUGCAGAAAGCAGACGAGGCUUCUCAAUGA